AUGGCCCAUCCAUAUGAGCCUUGGUUACGGACAGCACCACCUAGUGGCAGCUCAGAAGACAUGAACAUCCCCUCCUGGUGGGACCUCCACAGAGACGUCCAACCAGGGAGCUGGAUCGACCUGCAGACAGGCCAAGGGGUGGGCCUACCUUCAGUGAACCAGGGGAGCUCCAUGGGGUUGCAGCCAUCUUUAGGACCCUAUGGCUCUGACCCUCAGCUAUGCACUCUGCCCUCUGCGCAACACGCUCCACCCUCACACUCGUCUCACCUCUACCCUCAUGACGGCUUUAAGAUGGAGCCAAUGGCCCCUGACAUGCUGCAGCAAGAACCAUACUCCCUAGAGGAACCGCAGGAAAACCCAGUCACCGCCCGCCCCAAGCCCCAGCGUCGCUCCUCCUCUAGGGGUGCGGGCCAGGCGGUGUGUCGCUGUCCCAACUGUGUCCACGCCGAGCAGAUGGGCCAGAGCACAGAAGACAGCAGAAGGAAGCACAUGCAUAAUUGCCACAUACCUGGCUGUGGCAAAGCCUACGCCAAGACCUCCCAUCUGAAGGCUCACCUCCGAUGGCACAGUGGAGACCGGCCGUUUGUGUGCAACUGGCUCUUCUGUGGCAAAAGGUUUACACGGUCUGACGAAUUGCAGCGCCACCUACAGACGCACACUGGAGCUAAAAAGUUCAGCUGCGCAUUGUGCCCGAGAGUGUUUAUGCGCAACGACCACCUGGCCAAACACAUGCGCACACACGAGUCCCCUCCAGGACAUGGAGAGGAGAGAGUGAACGGAGACGGGAGGUUGGAGAAGGGCUUUGAAGCUGCUGCACCUUCUCAGUCCUCUUCAAACGUGUCUGAUGGCACAGAGCCUCCGCUGAAGCUUAAAUGUGAGGCAGACCCCUCAGCCUCGAGUGUGACGGGGCAGUCCGGCUAA